AUGCUUCAACAUAUCUGCGUCAACGAAAUGCGGCCAUUAACGCGGCUUGCCGCUUCGCGGCCUCUAUCCCGCGCCAGCACCUUACCAAUUCAUUCCCAAUGGCUUUCCCAGACGACUGCAAGAUUAGAAGGACGAUCCAGCACCGAGUCUAUGCUGCAGAGCAUCUACGGCGGAGCUCCCGCUGCGCAGCCACAAGACGCCCUCAGCAACCUGUCCAAAAGUAUGGUGUUCGAUUCGUUUGCGAGACGACCGGCCGAAAGGGGCGUGAUGAUGGGCAACGCACAACCCAUCAAGGAGGAUAGCUAUGAGCCCUAUCACCUGCAUAUCUAUGCACACAAACAUAACACACACGUCACAUUCACGCUGCCCAAUAAGAACGCAGUGCUCUCGCUGGCGUGCGGCAACGUGGGUUUUAAAAAGAGCCGCCGCGGCACCUUCGACGCGGCUUACUCGCUAGCCAAGUAUACCUUGGAGCGACUGGUUUACAUGGGAUAUGCCACCAAGGUCAAUCGAGUAGAGCUGUCUCUGCGUGGAUUUGGCCAAGGACGAGAUGCCACAAUUAAGGCUUUGAUGAGCCCCGAAGGAGCUUUCAUACGCGAUAAGAUUGUGCGUGUAACGGACGCCACGCGCGUCAAGUACGCCGGCACUCGCAGCCCUCCAAAGAGGCGACUAUAA